AUGGCAAAGGGCAAUCGAAAGCGGUUUAACAAAAGUGGAAGAGAUCAGACUGUAGCGACAUUGGUCAAGGCGGACAGUAGAUUACUAGACGGAGAAGAAGCAGGAGCUGAUGAUUCAAACGCCUUGAUCCUUGAGAAAAAGACGGUUUCGAUCAAACGCGCCCCAGUUCUGAAGCCAAAGUUGUCGAAGAAAAAGCGCAAGCAUUUGGAAAAGCUUGUCGAGCAAAAAGAAAAGAAAGCGAAACGAGGAGAGCUGCUUGAAAAACUGAAUGAACUCCGCGUUCCAUCUUCUGAGCUGGCUAGGUAUCAGUCGAUUGCUCACAUUGGAAACAAGAAAGCGCAGGAAAAGUCGGUCUGGUUGGCGAAGCGUCCGGAUAGGGAAAUUUUGAAGGAGGAGAAGAUUAAUGCGAUCAGAGGGGCGAAAAGAGCAAAACUGGAGCAAGAGGGAGAGAAAGAAGAGGUCGAAUCUUCGGAUGUUUCUACCGAUGAAGAAUCUGACAACGAUGCAGUUCUUCCGCAGCCACACAAGCUUGAGUCAUCUGAUAUACAAGAAGAAGUUCCAGAAACUCCAGUCAAGGAAGCUCAAACAGUCGCUGAAGAAGUCGUCGAGGAAAAACCAAAAUUGAACGACCCGAAGCUCGAUUACGUCCUGAUCAACCGCCCUGCAGAGAUCCAAGAAGCUCGUCAAGAACUUCCAAUUCUCUCCGAUGAGGGAACCGUCUUAGAAGCCGUGGCAGAAAAUGACUUCGUCGUUCUCUGUGGAGAAACUGGAUCGGGCAAGACGACACAAGUUCCUCAAUUUCUUUACGAAGCUGGAUUUUGCGCUAGAGGCAUGAUUGGUAUGACCGAACCUAGGAGAAUUGCCGCUACUUCGGCUGCGGAGCGAAUUCGCUACGAAAUGUGCAAGAAAGAACCACAAGUGGCGCAUCAUAUUCGAUACGAAAAUAAGACCUCGAAGGAGACGGAGAUUUGUGUUAUGACUGAUGGUGUUUUGCUAAGUCAAAUGAGCUCCGACUUCUUACUGUCCAAAUUCGGCUGUAUCAUAAUCGAUGAAGCGCACGAGCGGUCUAUCCACACGGAUGUGCUGAUUGGAAUGUUGACCCGUGUAGUGAUGCUGCGCAGAAAGCGAAAUAUCAACCCACUCAAGCUAAUCAUCAUGUCAGCAACACUUCGAAUCGACGACUUUAUUGCAAAUAAAAAGCUCUUUCCAAAACUCGUGCCACCAGUGUUGAAAAUCGAAAGCAGGCAAUAUCCAGUGACAACGUCUUUUGCCAAACAGACAGAAUUGAGGGAUUAUAUUGCAGCAGCAUAUCGAAAAAUAUGCAGAAUUCACAGAGAAGAGCCCGCUGGAUCAAUUUUGGUAUUUGUAACGGGGCAGGAUGAAGUCAAGCGACUUGUAAAAAUGUUAUCAGAAACGUUUCCGAAAGAUCCGCCAAAAGAAGAAGAGAAGAAAGAGCUCGAUUUGGAUAAUUUCUCAUCAGAGCCAAAAAAAGAAGAUGAAGAGGAGAAAAAAGAGCCUGGAAUUAAUGACGAUCUGCAUUUAGACGAAGAUGACGAUGAAUUUGGAGAAGUCGACAUGGAUGACGAUCUUUCAUCCUUUGACAUUUCCUCUACCGCACUCGAUGCUACCCUCCCCAUGCGUGCACUUCCACUCUAUUCCGUCCUUCCUCCUUCCGAGCAAAAGAACAUCUUCCAAGACUUUCCCGAACCAAUCAGAAAAGUCGUCGUAGCGACAAACGUCGCCGAGACCUCCCUGACCAUUCCUGGAAUCAAAUACGUUGUGGAUACAGGAAGACAUAAAGCGAAAAAGUUCUCGCCCGUUACCGGAGUUUCUAAAUUCGAAAUUGAAUGGAUUUCACAGGCAGCAGCAGAUCAACGAGCCGGACGAGCCGGUCGAACUGGGCCUGGAAGAUGCUUCAGACUUUACUCUUCCGCCGUGUUCCAAGAUUUCGCUAAAUUUCCUCCGCCAGAAAUCACUAUGAAGCCAUUGGACGAUCUUGUUCUAGGCAUGAAGGCGUUCGGAAUCGAGGAGAUCAAGAAUUUUCCAUUUGUUACGUUGCCAGACGAAGAAGCGCUUACCAAGGCAGAAAAACUUUGUGUCAAGCUGGGCGCUCUCAAGAGGCCGUCAAAGAGACAAAUUUCUGGAAACAUUACUCCUCUGGGUAAAACAAUGAACGCGUUUCCAGUAUCUCCCCGUUUCGGCCGAAUUCUAUCGCUCUCAUCUCAACAAAACUUACUCAAAUUCGCGAUUGCCAUUGUCGCCGCUUGCACAGUCAGAGAACUAGUUGAUGCAAAUAAUGACAGAAUGAAGGCGCUAAAGGAGCUCUGGGCCGAUGCAACCAAAUCGCAAUUAGGCGAUCUUCUCAUUCUUUUGUCUGUUAUCGGAGCUUCUGAAAGUUCCAAAGACCCAGAAGGGUUUAUUUCGACGAUUGGAGUUCGGUCACAGGGAUUGAAGGAAGUCAGAAAGUUGCGAAGAUUGAUUACGCACGUCGUAAGGCAAAUGCUGACGAAUGAUGAGGAAGAGAAAGUGCUAGUGGAAAGAGAACUUCCUCAACCUAGCGCAAAGGAGUGUACUCUUCUCUGCGAGCUCUUUCUGUCCGGAUUCGGAGACCAGAUCGCUUUCCAUACUGAAGAGGGUGAGUAUAAAUUACCCACCGGGGAGAAAGGGAAGAUUUAUCCGACAAGUGUUUUGGCAAAGAAACGACCAAACAUAAUUUGCUACCAAGAAAAGCUAGAGAACCAGAAGGGCAACACCUAUUUAAAAUGCUGCCACCAAGUUACGGCGGAGCAAAUCGUUCACAUCGUUCCUGAGUACGUUACCUUCAAUCGAAACAAAAACAACACUCCAAAAUACAACUCCACUUCUGGCGAAAUCGAGGCACUGUACACUUGCUACUAUACAGCGACGAAUACGCCUCUUGGGGAGCACUGGAGGCAGCUAACCGGGGAAGAUGAGACUUUGUUGAGAUGUUUUGCGCAUUGUUUGUUGACGGGAGAAGUGUUUCCAGCGUUUUUGAAGAUGAAAUCGUUUUGGUUAUCUCCGCCUGCAGUGUUAUUACGAACCUGGGCGAAUUUGCACGAAAGAACAACGAAUCUGAUCAGAUGUUUCAGCAUCCAUGGAAUGAAGCUGUUUCUCCUUCUUGGAGUCAGCUCUGUAAUCGGAUUUCGGGAAGAUCGCCUCGACCUCUCACAUCUCCAACCGGAUCAUCUUUCGCGAGUUCGGACGCUCGAUAGACCUGAACGAAAAAAUCUUCCGGUUCGCAAACGUCGAUCAGAAGAAAGCACAUCGAGAAGCAGAAGAGAGGAAGAAGACGGCUUUAACAAAUGUGGAGAUUUUAAUGACUCAAAAUUCAAAGAAGACAAUGUUGUAAGCACUUUCACAAUUCCCAAGGAUACAAAUCCUUCCAUAUCUCUCGUCUGGACUGGCGAGAAUGGUCACAUUCUUGCAGUUACCACGUACGAAUCGUUUGUAGCUUAUCCCAGUAAGCUUUAUUUAUCGACGAAUGGCGGGAGACACUUCGAGGAAAUCACUGACAAAAUUUCAAACGAAUACAUCCGCCGUAAGCGUGGUGCUCUCACUGCCACUGCCGAUUCCAGCCACGUUAUCCUCAUCGUCAACAACCACCCUCUCGGCUUCGGCGAAACAUCCGACAUUUACGUUUCUGAAGACGAAGGAGUCCACUGGACCAGACAGACUGUCCCCUUUGAGCUAUCAGGAAGCCAGAUGAAGUUCCACCCGAAAAAAGCAUCUCACAUUUUGGCGACGGAUGCUACUUCUCAACAGUUGUGGAUUACUACAGAUUUCUGUAAGAGCUGGCGGGCUGUUCAUGAUUCUGGCAAGACUUCUGCCUUCAAAUGGGACCCUAAAAAUGACGAUAUUUUCUACUACACUCACGACCCUCUUGGAUCGGGCCGCCGGGAUCGCUUCUCAAUGACCCUUUAUCGUUCAAAAGAUGAUGGUAAAACGAGCGAAGCCCUCACCGAACAUGUCUGGAGCUUCGGCAUUCAAGAGCAAUUUCUCUUUGUGUCCGUUCGAUACAUGGCAGAAGGCGACGAUGAUGUACGCAGAAUCAUGCACGUGUCAACCGACCAUGGCGAUAACUUCCGAGCGGUCCAGCUUCCUGCCAUUAAUUCGGAGCAAUUUUACUCGAUUCUCGAUGCUUCGGAAAACAUGAUCUUCAUGCACGUCGAUGACGAAGGAGAUACUGGCAAAGGAGCGAUUUACGUUUCGGAUCAUACAGGAACUGUCUUCAGCAAAUCACUGGACAACAAUCUUUAUCCAAAUGGAGAUGAUGUAACUGACUUUGCGAAAGUAGACUCGAUGAAUGGCGUCUAUCUCACAUCCAUCCUCAAGGAUGACAAGGGAAUCGAGACUCGUAUUACCUACGACAAGGGAGCAACCUGGGAUCCUCUAGGUCAACCAACUAACUGCAACGAUUGGGGUUGUGGUUGCACAAAAGACGAAAACGACUUCUGUCGCCUCCAGGUUCACUGUGCCUUUUCCCAAAUCAAGGGUGUGUCUGUGCCAGAAAUGCCAUACUCGACUAAUUACGCGCCAGGCCUCAUCUUCAGCCACGGAAAUGUAGGAGACGGUCUUUCAACCGAUGAACCCGACGUGUUCGCUUCCAGCGAUGGUGGUUACACCUGGAGAAGAACCUUGGAAGGACCCCACAAAACGCUGAUCGGUGAUUCUGGAUCCGUGAUCUGGGCUGUCACUAAUGACGAACAAAUCGACACCAUCAAAUUCAGCUUUAAUGAAGGUCAAUGUUGGAAUUCUUAUAAAUUCACAGAAGAGAAGAUUGACAUCACAGGACUUGUCGGUGAGCCUGGGGAGAAAUCAACAGACGUUGCUAUCUGGGGCUGGAACGAGCAAGAAGAAAACUGGGUCGUCUACACUUUCGAUUUCAAGGCAAUCUUGGGAAAAGCCUGUACCGAUGACGACUACGAAAACUGGCAAGCUCACGAAGAUAUUAAAUUGAAAGGCGAAUCAGAGGAAGGCUGUCAGCUCGGAAAGAGGACGACCUACAAGAAACUCAAGAAGGAAUCUGUCUGCUACAACGGAAAAGGAUACGAACCGCAGAAGACCUUCAGCAAGUGCAAAUGCACCGCCUACGACUAUCUCUGUGACUUUGGUUACUAUCGAAAAGAUCCUGAUUCAGCUGAUUGUAUCCCUGAUCCAUCAUUUAAAUCAUCUGGACACCGAGACAUUUGCAUCGGUGAAACGGAAGAAGAGAUUAUUUCCAAAGGAUAUAUCAAAAUACCAGGCGAUCAAUGCGAUGAAUCAAAGCUGUCUGAGAACGAAAAAGAAAAAUUUCAUCAUCAAGAAACCAAAUUGAGCACCAAGUGCCCCAAACAACAGGAAGUCCCAGAAGACUACGGAAUGAAAGAUUCAACGUCGUGGCGUGAUUAUUUCGACAUUGAAGACAUAGACGAGCCGGCAAAAAUUGAAGCAGAAGGCAAAAGUAAAUCUUCCAAGGGCUGGACCGUAUUCAGCGUUUUGAUAAUUGGCGCGUUGAGCGGCGUGGCUUUCCAUUACUACAGAAAAUCCCAAGCCUCGUCGAGUGUCGUUUCGUAUCAAAAUUUUACCAAUGAUGAUGUGCCCGCCCUUGAUUCUGGCAAUGCUCAGAGCGGAGGAGCUGCAUCUGCUGGGGAGUUUAGAGACGACUCUUCUGAUGAAGACAACGACAUGAUUACGGCAUAA